CUUGUUGGUUCCUGAGAGAGAGAGACAGAGAGAGAGUCGCUUUGCUUCCCUCUUCUCUUCUCUUCUCUUCUCUUCUCUUAUCUUCUCCCCCAAAUGGCCAAUGCAAUCGGACUCUACUUUCUCUCCGCCAUGGCAAAGAACAAGAAGCGAAAGUUGGUGAGAAAACGACCACUGAUUAACAAAAUCGACAAGGAGAAGAAGAAGAUGAUGAAGCGAAAGAUGGUGAGAAAACGACCACUGAAUAACAAAAUCGACACGGAGAAGAAGAAGAUGAUGAGGCGAAAGAUGGUGAAGAAUCCUCAACCAGAGAAUAACAAUUUCGAGAAGAACAAACAGCUGGUGGAGAAAACCCUAUCAGCCCCAAAGGAGACUAAGGAGGCUGAGAACGACGACGACUCGGAGAAGAAGAUCCAGGAGCUUUUCGAACCCUACAGCAAGGACCAGCUCCUCGACUUCAUCAUCCACGCUUCCGUCAAGGAUGCCGCCGUCCUCACUCGCCUCCGCGACGCCGUCUCCCAUCGCAAGGUCUUCGCCAAGCAGCCGAGGAAGAAGGUCGACAAUCUGAUUAAGUCAUGCUGGUUAGCCUCUCUGGACACUGCCGUCUCCCAAAUUGGACAGACUUCAUCUGCUUCUAGGGCUCCUGGCGCUGCUGCUUCUUUCUGUGGGUAUUAUCCACCAUCACACGUACCACCCGAUUUCACAAAUGUGAUGCAAUCUGAUAAGGUGAUGCAUGUCGUUGUGCCUUCAAAUUCUGGGCAGGUUAAGCAUUGCACUCAUAAUUUUUCAACCUCCCUGGGAAUGGGAAUGCAUGUGGAUUCGCCUCUUUGCAGCUUUGUAGUGGAUGGCACUUGGUUUCAGUCAAAUUGCGAAGCGGGUUUUGCUUGGGUGGCAUUCGAUGAGCAUGGAAGAAGGAUAGCACAGGAUAGUCAUGCAUUUUUCGCUGUUUCAGCUGGGGUGGUGGAGGCCAUUGCAAGCUUAGAAGCGCUGAAAUGGGCGGCCAGGCAGGGAUUCCGAAAUUUGGCAGUUUCGACAGACUGUCUUACUGUGGUGAAGGCUCUUAAAGAUGAGACUUCUUGUGAUGACUCUGCAUUGCUUAAUGUUGUUAUGGAGAUUCGCUGGUUAUGUAAUAGUUUUGAUUAUGUUGUAGUUAAAAAAGUUGAAAGACAGGUGGUUCACGAAGCUCAUGUUCUAGCCCGAGCUGCCUUGGGUAGGACCAGCUAGUUUGUUUGUUAGUUUUUUUCUCUUUUCCCGUAUGGUUUGUUGACUCUUUGUUUUGUUUUGCUUUUUGUUUGGGUACAUUACAUUAUAGGGAGAGAUAGAGUGGGGAGUUCAAACUAGUGACCUAAAAACAAAAGUUUUGGCCACUAGACUAACAUUUGCAACUUUUUGGUUUUUAAUGCUCUGUUCUUGCUGGGGACUCUUCUCUAAAAAUGAGGUUUAUUUAUUUAUUUA